AUGCACGUCUAUGCCAGCAUUCCCAGCGGGAGGGGCGGCGGACCGUUCCCCCCUGUGAUCGUCAGCCAGCACGGUGGCGGCGUGGACCAGUUCAUCAGGGACAUGGCCGAUAGGCUGGCCGAGGCGGGGUUUGCCGCUGUCGCGCCGAACUUGUUCCACCGCUUCACCGAGGAGCAACUGGACAACCGCACCGGGCGCAUCCAGCACCUGAGCGACCCUGAAAUCGUUGCGGACAUCGGAUCAACGGUUGAAUGGCUGCGCGCCCACCCAGCCAUUCAGGGCGACCAUAUCGGCAUUACCGGCUUCUGCAUGGGCGGUCGGGUUGCUUGGCUGGGAGCGGCCACCAACCGGCACAUCAAGGCCUGCGUUCCCUACUAUGGGGGCAAUCUAUUCGUAACCUGGGGCUCAGGGGACAAUACACCCUUCCAGUUGGCCUCCGGCAUCCAAUGCCCCGUGCUGUUCCAUUUCGGCGAAAUCGACGAGAAUCCAUCCCCGGCGGACCGGGAAAGGAUUGACGCCGAGUUGACGCGCCUGGGGAUAACGCAUGAGUUCCACACCUACCCCGGAGCCGACCACGCCUUCAUGGACUACACCGGCCUGCGACACCAUCAGGAGGCGUCAGAGGCGUCGUGGCCGCGGACCGUUGAAUUCUUCACGAACCAUCUGAUGCGAUAA